UCCCUUGAAGUAAUCCAGCCUCAGGCCUCCAUCCAGGUACCCAAGUCAAAUAUGACGAAGAUUUCUGAAAAUCUUACUUCAUCAUAUAAAAGAAAAGGUUUCACAGGAUUGGACAUUACCUCCCAGAUUAAUGAAUAUUCCUGAUCUUACCCAAAUACAUGCUACAACCAAUUAUUAACUAAACUAAAAUUUAUUAAAAAAGAAAGAGAGAGAGUAUGGUUAAAAGAUCAAUAUACAGACAUGAAUUAAAUUUUUGAGGUUCAGAUAAAUAGCAGAGAUGCUGAGCUUUGUAGUUGCAAAGAGUUCUUUUUAGAAAUUAGUUCAUAGGUUAUAGUCCAAUGUCCCAUAUCAUAUCCAGGGUAGACCAGCUGAACUGGGAUCUCAUCUUGUGACUCAAACUUCCCCGAUGAAGCUUAAGCAGAUCUGAGAUGAAAAGGAUCAGGGCCCAAGGAUCUUCUAUACAAUUUCAGGUUGUCUUUGACAAGUUGGAGUCCCUCUGGGAACAAUAGGUAAUCAGGGCAUCUUUGAAGUGGGUCCAUCACCAGUACUUAACUGUAUGAAUUAAUAUAAGACAAUUGCCUGUUCCUUCAUCAUUCACCAAUGAUCUGCUAUACAUUUCAAAGAGAGAUGAAUACAGAAAGAUCCCGUGUUUACAAUUCAUUUAAAUGCUAGGAUGUUCUUUUGAUCUCUGAAUGAAUAGUUAUACUGACAGUCAGGAACUGUCUGUUUACAUGGCUAGCACCAAAGAUACACACAAUUAAUAUUACCUCUAACUUCUAACAACAUAGGUUUGCAUUUCAAAGUUCUAGCCUAUUUAUCAUGAAUGGCCUUAAUUACCAUUCACAUACCUUUCUAACAUGACUUUAAAGGUGGGCUCUUGGUCAUUCAGCCUGCAAGCUACUUAACCCUUUCGGGCCAUGAGUUAUAUUUUGUAUAAGAUUUGCUACAAUUAUAUAGCAGUAGUAGCAACAAUGGUUUGUAUAAAUAUAUUUUAAUCAGACAACAUCACACCAUUAAAUCCCACAUUUAGGGGAGAAUUGCCUUGUUUCCAUGACAAAUUCGCCAUCAUACCUCUCUAUUGUGACAGCUCCCCCUGCUGGUGUGUGCUACAGUGACCUCUCCUUGUCAGUCUUAGUCCAUGCUUUCCUCUGUCAUUGUUAUCUCCUGAAAGAAGUUGAAUCUACAUGACAGCUGUGAACAUCCAGCACAGACGAGAAGUAAUUAGAUGUGGCGAUUUCCCUCCUUCUGCUCAGUUAGACCCGCAAACGUGGUCGGACACACCAACGUUAAAGGAAGGCUGCAUGUGUACAUGGACCCUCCUCUUCAAAAAGGUGCAAGUGGCUCAUUGGGGCACCUUAGCCUAAUGCUUGAGAGAAGGAGUCAGGCAUAGACCACAGGAGCCAACAGUAUCUCUUGAGCAAGUCCUGGGAGUGAGAGAACAUGAAUCCAGUCCAUGGAGGUGAGGAGCCAGGCACUGCUCUGAGGGUCCACGAACACACCCCAAUGGCCCAGGACGGGGAGGAAGGUACUAAGAGUUUGCUCACUGGAGGCGAGGGGUCAGCUGAUGUCCUGAUGACCCAGCUGUGCCCUCUGAGGCUGGAAGAAGUGGUGGUGACCAAGAAUGCUCUACCUGAUGGCCGGUUGGAGCACUGCACAGCCCAGGCCACUUCUGAAGAAAAUUCCAGUGAAGCUUGUGAGACAAUAAGGCAGGAUGUGGGAGAAAAGGAGGACAAAGUGCAGCCGGCACUGGAGAUGAUGGCACUGAAUGAUUGCAAUAUGGAACUUGGCAGGGAUGUCAGCGGGCACGAACAGAAAAUAAACUCCCUUCACAGCCAGAAACUCAUGGUUGUCAAGCAGAUUGUGAAGCAUAUUAAAUCGCUGCCGCAGGAUUCGCUGGACUCGUGCUCCAGUGCCGUGCGCUGUCAGGGGAUGCUGCUCAUCACAGACUACAGUGACAGAAAUGAAAGCCCUGGUUCCCCUUUCACAGCAGGAAUGCCAAUGGGUGCUUAUUUUUCUACUAGCAAAGUGAAGCCGCCUCUGGAAGGUAAAGAGAAGUUGGAUGUGGUCAUUGUCUGCGUUGCCAGCGUCUUUGCCCUGCCCUCAAUCGAGGCCUUGCAAAGGCAGGAAGGCCACAAAGUAAAUGUGAAGGAUUUGUACAACCAGUCUGUGGAUGCCCUGGAAGUGAUGCUGAGAGCUCUCCUGUCAGAGAAGCCAAACCCAGCUGAGCUGCAGAACUUCUUGGAUGUAAGCAGCAUUGAGCUGCACUUGGCCCCCUGGAUGAGAUCAGAGAAAGCUCAUGAGCGAGCAAGGGCUGUGAACACCAGUGUCUGCCUGUUACAAGCAGCAGCCGAGCAUCCUAAGUUCUGUAUGUCACAUGAGUUCCCCAGGCUGGGGCUCCUGGUUGGACGGCUGGCCCUGUGUAUUGGUGACCCGGAGAAGGAGAUUGGCCACCAGGCUAUGGAAGGCUUGUAUUUCCUCUACUCCCUCAUGUGGUGCCAAAAGGAACCUGAGAGGAAGAUGGGGUCUGUGACAGCAGUGCUUCAUCAAAUGCCCAAAGAGAUCUUGGGUAUCUACGAGCCCACCAGGACUUGUCAGAACAUCUCUGAAAUUGUUAAGAGAUUUGGACAGUUUCUCAGCCCAGACCAGAUAGCAGACCUUCUCCUGACAGCUGUAGAAAGCCUGAAGAAGGCCAAUGAGAGCACCAUUGAAGCAUCAAAGACUAUUCUGAAUGUAAUCCUGGAGAAGUACAAGCAUAAGAUACAGAUGAAGGUGCCAAAGAUUUUGGACAGGAUCCACUCCCAGCUCAGAGCCAUCCAUCAUUCCCAUGCCAGACAGGUAGUGAUGAUGGCCUUAUGCCUCCUGGCUCGUGCUUUCAUGGAAGAAGUGUCCACAGCCCUUCUAAAAUGUCCGCUUCCGCUGGACAGAGAUGCAGCUGGGAUGUGGAGAACACUGGCCAAAACAGAGGCAAUCUGUCACUCCCACAGACUUCUGGAUGUGCUUCUGAAGGAGCUGCAGGAGAGGCCAAGCACCUCUGAAGAUAAAGCCUUCAUCAUACCUAUAGCUGCAGCCAGUGCUCUGUGCGAGGUGUUAUCCGUAUCCAUGUGCACGCAGACUGUGACACGCUUCUAUCCCCGCCUCCUGAUGGCCCUGCUUGUUCAGGUGCACUAUAGCAUUGGGCUCAGCCUGUCUGACAGUGGGGUCUCCAGGAAGGAGCUCAUCCCUGCAUGCUGUGUUGUGAAGACCGUGAAGACCCUUCUCCUAAAAAUGGGAUGCCACUAUGAGUUCACCUCUGUUGAGAAGGAGGGAGGUUGGGAACUGCUCACUAGCUCUGAGGAGCACCAUCGCGGGGUAGGCCUGCUUGCAAGAGCCAUGGUCCACUAUUCUUGCUGUGAGCUGUGGCGGAUCUUGUACCUUCUGGUCCCAUUCCUCGAACGAGGUGAUAAACAGCACAAGCUCACAGCGAUGGCCUUUUUCAUUGAGCUUCUCCAUAUGCCACAGGCAAAGCGGCUCCCAGAAAAAUAUUCUGUGAUCCGUCUGCUGAAAGGACUGACUGACCCAGAUCCAAUUAUCCGAGCAUUGUGCGUCAAAGGACUGAUCACCAUGGCAGACUGGCCAGGGAAGGAGAUAAAGGUCCUGGUGCCAGCCAUGAUAAACAGCUUGUGUGGAGUGGACGGGAGGCUGGUUGUGGAGGCUCUUGCUGAUGUGAAGAAGAUUCUCAGAGGCUUGGAUGGAGCAAGUUAUGCUGGCUGCAUCACCAGUCCCCUUAGGCUCCUCUUUGAUGAUGAGAGAGCGAGUGUGCGUUCUGCUGCCAUUUCCUUGUUUGGAAAAAUGGUCAAGAAGGUGAAGAAGAGUCGGGGGCUUAUGAAAGAGGAGGAUGUCUUGGACAGCUUGAUCCCAUUACUUCUGCAUCUGCAAGAGGGCAACCCUGACAUGGCUGAGAAAUGUAAGAAUGCCUUGGAUGAAUGUUCUCGACUCCUGGAAUGGAGACUACCUAAACAGGUGGGCAACAGGAAAGCCUGGCACAAUCACCAAAAAGAUGUGGAUGAAAUCUGUCAGUACCUUGUGAAGACACGUCAAGAAAAUGUCCAAAGGUUCUUGUUCCAAAGCCAGUGCUACCUCAGCAGCACACAGCCUUCUUUACGAAGGGCUGCAGCCAUGUUCAUAGGGUUCCUGGUUAUGCACAUGGACAACAUGAUGGGAAUGAAAGAUUUGGACAUCAUAAGUAAUGCUCUCAGGGGCUUACUACAUGACCCUGAGGCGUCCGUAUGUAUCUUUGCUGCUCAGGCACGUGAACGUGUCCUGGCAGUUUCCUGGAAAUUAAAGUACGGCCUGGUUGAGCAACACAAAGUGAACAGUGACUCUGCUGAGAAACACAAAAGCCCCCCAAAUCCUCCUCCUACCGAAAGCACCUCAUCCAGGCUGUUCAAUGCCCUCAACCUCUGGAAAUUAGCUGCCAAGCACUAACUGGCUCAAAAAGAGAGCCAGGGCUUAUGCCCCAUUGAGCCCCAUGCAGACACAGCCAGACUCUGAUUAUUUUUCUCAACUUGGCUGCCUGCUCUGUUUUCCCACCAGAGGGAAAAUCAAAGGGACUCUGGAAGGGUCAUUAACAUGCCAAAGAAAGUGAACUGAACAUGGGCAAUAAAGAGCACUGGGAGUUUAUUGCGAA